AACACACUGUUCCACUCAUGUGAAGCUCUGUCUCGUCUUCCUCCUCCUGCAUCUUCUCAGACUGGCAAAGACGCUUUAACAGUUACAUCUACUCUACUCUACACUACACACACUACACACAAACACACACUAUUUCCGGUGUCGGGGUCUCCGCCAUUCGCCAGAGUGAGUGGGUGACGUCAGAGGCGCUGGCGGUCAGAGUAGCACGAGCGCAGCGGAGAGAAAGAGCAGCGGCGCUGAAGGCUGCGCGUCCCCGGUAAAGUCCGUCAGCAUCCUGAGAUCUCUCUCUCACACACACACACACACACACACACACACACACACACAGACUCGGAGACAGCCGACGAUGGAGUGUUAGUAACGCUCGGCUUGCUCUCGUUAAUUUUUCCUUCUCGGGAAGAUGGACAGAGGGACGCGAUCGUGGUCGUGGUCUCGUCUCGCGCGCUGCGUGCCGCUGGUCCUCCUGUGCGCUCUGCCGCGGGCGCGCGCCUCAUCAGCCAACCUGCCGUCGUGUCGAGAGAGAGACUACUACUUUGAGUACACAGAGUGUGACAGUACAGGUUCACGCUGGAGAGUAGCCAUUCCUCAUCAACAGGGCAGCUGUAUCGGCCUACCAGAGCCUGUCAGAGGCACCGACUGCACAUUCUCAUGUGAAGCAGGAGAGUUUUUAGAGAUGUCCUCUCAGCAGUGUACUGCCUGUGCAGCCGGCUCCUAUUCGCUAGGCAGUGGCGUCCGGUUUGACCAAUGGGACUUGAUUCCUGCUGGAUUCAGCAGCUUGGCCACCUACAUGGAGCCUGAGGGAGCCGGAGACGAAACUCUGUCCUGCAACAAUUCCACAUGGACACCUCAGGGUACUCACUUAGAGUCGAAUCGGGACGAGUGCACGGUUUCGCUCGUGUACGCAGUGCAUCUGAUGAAACAGGGUUCAGUCUCCUUUGACUAUCAAUAUGUUGACAACAACAUCUUCUUCGAGUUCUUUAUUCAGAAUGAUCAGUGCCAGGAAAUGGACCAGUCGGCUGACCAGAAAUGGAUCAAACUCACGUCUAAUGGUGAAUGGGGAACACACACGGUGAACUUGAAGUCAGGCACUAAUAUCUUGUACUGGAGGACCACUGGCAUUUUACUGGGAGGGAAACCUGUGAAGCCCGUCCUGUUGAAAAAUAUUCAGAUUGAAGGUGUGGCAUAUACCUCUGAGUGUUUCCUGUGUAGACCUGGCACCUUAAGUAAAACCCCAGGCUCGUCCUUCUGUGAUCUCUGCCCUAGAAACACUUACUCGAGUAAAGGCGCUAGCUCAUGCACCUCAUGCCCAGAGACACAGUACUCCGAGGAAGGCUGGGCGGAGUGUAAGGAGAAGCCGCCGUGUUCAGAAAAAGAUUACUUUCAGAUCCACACUGCUUGUGAUGCCAAUGGCAAAACGCAAGUGCUGUAUCGAUGGGUGGAGCCUAAGGUGUGUGUGGAGGAUGUUGCCAGAGCGGUCACUCUACCCCCUUCAGGAGAAAAGGAGGAUUGCCCACCUUGCAAUCCAGGCUUUUACACACACAAUUCGUCUACGUGCCUGCCCUGUCCUCCUGGGACAUACUCCAAUGGCACCACAGAGUGCCAGGCAUGUCCUGCAGGAACAGAGCCCUCAUUAGGAUUCGAGUAUAAAUGGUGGAAUGUUUUACCCAACAACAUGAAAUCCUCCUGUUUCAAUGUGGGUAACUCGAAAUGCGACGACAUGAACGGGUGGGAGGUCGCCGGUGACCACAUUCGCAGUGGAAUUGGAGGGUCUGAUAAUGAUUAUCUUAUUCUUACACUAAGAGUUCCUGGAUUCAAACUUCCAACGUCGGUCGCUGGAGUCACGGCGAGUGAGUUUGGUCGAAUCACAUUUGUCUUCGAGACGAUCUGCGGUGCAGACUGUGAGCUCUACUUCAUGAUGGAUGUGAACAGGAAGAGCACAAAUGUGGUAGAGUCUUGGGAAGGCACCAAAAGCAGACGUGCUUACACACACAUCAUGACUAAGAAUGCAUCUGUGUCUUACACAUGGGCUUUCCAACGCACCAACAAGCCUUUAGAUGUUCGUCGCUUUGUGAGCGACAUUGCGAAGAUCUAUUCCAUCACCAUCACGAAUGCUCUGGACGGCUCUGCCUCGUCCUGCCACGCCUGCGCCAUAGUAAGUCAGGAGAGUGGCUCAUCCUGUGUCCCCUGCCCGGCAGGACACUUCAUAGACAAAGACACAAACCAGUGCCAGGAGUGUCCUCCAAACACCUUUCUUUCUGGACAUCACAUCUACGGACAAGAGGCCUGCCAGCCGUGCGGCCCUGCUAGUAGGAGCAAUAAGGAACACUCCUUAUGUUUCAGCGACUGCUCCUUCUCCCAUGUGGACCAGAACCGAACAUUAACCUAUGACCUCAGUGCCUUAAGCUCAGUGGGAUCCAUCAUGAACGGACCAAGUUUUACCUCCAAAGGAACGAAAUAUUAUCACCAGUUCAACAUCAGCUUGUGUGGAAAAGAGGGGAGGAGGGUAGCCGUGUGUUCCGAUAACGUGACAGAUCUGUCCAGCAAAGACAUGCAGAGCGAAUCAGCUGCCUUCAACAAUUACGUGCAGACUUUCAUCUGCCAGUCAACCAUCAUUCCAGCGGAUGGGCGGGGCUUCAGGACAGCCAUUUCCUCCCAGUCCAUCAGUCUAGCCGAUACCUUCAUAGGAGCCACAGUUGAAAGCACGCUGAAUGGAGUCAGCGUUAGAACUGACAUGUUCCCUGAAACUUCUCAAACACUUCCGGAUAUCAACUUCUUCUUUUAUUCCCCGCAGGUGACGGCGUCCUGUGAACACGGCCGCAGUGCUGUCAUUACACUACGCUGUAACCCCAAGAAAGGAGAGCGUGGAGAGCUUACUGUACCGAGUAAGUGUCCUGCAGGUACGUGUGAUGGCUGUACCUUCUACUUCCUGUGGGACAGUUCAAGUGCAUGUCCCAUUUGCACUAAAGCAGACUACCACUCAAUAGAAGGAGCAUGCAAGGGAGGCAUGCAGGACAUCCUGUAUGUAUGGAACGAGCCGAAGCUGUGCACAAAGGGUGUGUCGCUCCCUGAUAAAAGCUCCACCCCAUGUGAAGCAGUCCCACUAUGGCUGAAGGUUGGAAUAGGGGGCGGGGCUUUCAUCGCAGUCCUUCUCAUUUCUCUCACCUGUUACUUCUGGAAGAAAAAUAAGAGGUUGGAGUAUAAGUAUUCCCGCCUGGUGAUGUCAGCCAAUAAGGAGUGUGAGCUGCCAGCGGCAGACAGCUGUGCACUGGCGGAAGGAGAAGGCGAAGAGAACGAAGAUGACGUUGUUUAUUCACACACUCCAUCACUGCUGGGGAAACUGAAGGCUAUCGCCAGUAAGGGCGAAGCAACGAGCAGUGAGUCAGUGCAGCUGAAGUCAUCUCAGGCAGAGAGAUGGGUCUGGGGGUAAAGCGAUAGAGUCAGGAGGAGCAGAACAACAACAGCACCACCACCAACAGCAACAGCACCAAUAACAUGCUCUUCUCAAAGAAAGGGAGAAUGAAAGAGAGAGGGAGAGAGAGACUUGUAGUAUUCAGGCUCUCCUACAUCUCUUUAUUCAGCCUAAACCAAUUUUUUUUUUUUUUUUUUUUUUUAAACAUAUCUUCUAAACUCAGUGCAUAAACAUAUACAUACUUCACUAGAUGAUCUUUUGCAUCCUAAAUGAGUACCGUAUAUAUUUUUAACUAGACAUGAGAUAAUAUAUUAAACAAUUCAAAUGGAGAGUGGAUUCUCACAGAAUUAUUAUUCGGCUCAAAAUAAAUCACAUACUGUUGCUAAAGCCACAAAAAUAUAAACAUGCCAGUGUGCACUCUCAGUGAGUGUUGUGGGUUGUUUCGCUUGGUGAAGAGACCAUGAGCCAAGAGAUAUGAGAUGAACAUGUGCAGGUUUUUAUUUCCUUUAUUGAAACAAAUUUCUGAACUGCUCCACAAUUCAGAAUGUCCUGUUUAAAGGAUUUCUGUAUUCACUGAUUUUAAGUUAAAACAAAAAUCACUGGAUCUCAUAACUCUUGCAUUUCCCAAUGUCAGUUUAUUACUGGUUCUUUUUGCUUUUCAAAACUUUCUUAAAAUUACAGUCGAGUACAAAAGUUUGUAUCCCCCAUGCAGUGUUGUUGUCAUCAGCGUUACUACCAAGAAAAUAGUAAUAGAAAAAACCUGAAUAAUUCUUCAAAACACAACAAUUUUGGUGUGAUCUUCCUUUUUUUUCUCACACAUUUGUUCUUUGUUGACCCACAAGACAAGUGCAAAAAAACAAAAGAUUAAAAAUCAUAUCAAUAUGUUUUGGGUAAUCAUUAAGGUUGUACCAAAUCUUAAGAACGAAUGUUCUUCAAACUCCAACACUAAAAAAAAACCCCAAAAAUGACCUAAAAGAGAAGAAAGGGGCUGUUAAAAAGAAUAACAGGCUGAAACAAUAAUACCCUGAUUAGAGAAUAGAAAAGAGUUUAAAGACAGGUAAUGUGUGGACAACUUAAAUUAUAUUUAGUUAACAAUCAAACAAUUUUUUCUUCUAUGAAUAUAUUACCAAUAAAUAUUUGACUUUUUUAUGAUACUGCAACGUCUGUAAAAUUGAAUGCAAAGAACCAGUAAAUUGUUAGUUCUUAAUUGUACUUAUAUGCCACCUUAUUUUUUUGUUUUCGCAUUGCACAGACAUUUGCACUCGACUGUGUCGUGUAAUAACUCCGUAAGUUGGUUUACUUUUCCACACCAAUUAAGAAACUAGUUGAAAAUGCACACACUGCUCAUCUGACAGAGGGAGCCAGAGACAGCAUUCAUUCAGAGCUCUCACUACACAGCACUAGUUACUGCUCCUGACUGCUAGAGUGCGUGAAACCCCUUAACUUUGUGUUAGUAUGGAUACUGUGGGAGGCAAAGCGCUGUAGCCUAGGUUUUUCUAUUUCCUGUUUUGUAUUGCUGUGUAAUUUGAGUUGUAAAGAUGUUUUUGGUUUCUCUCUUUUCCCUUACAAUGUUCAGCUGAUGCUUUAAUAAACUUUCAGAAUGCUUUA